AUGUUCAGAACCAUCUUCCGUGGAGGCCUGUCCGCCAGCGGCGGUGCCCUGGCCGUAACAACGGGGACAUAUCUCUACACUACAUGGGAUGUCCAGGCGGUUCCGGUAUCGAAUUCGCUAGACCCGAUCUUCCAGAACAAGCAUUACAGACAAUGCAACCCAAACGAUAACCCUACCGUGCAUGAUUUGCAUGUUCUGAAAGUCCCGUUUUCGCAGAUCGAUCCGGCCUUGUUAGAGAAUAAAGAGAAAUUACUUGAACGGUAUUCUGGUGGCGUGUGGGGAGGUGUUGGCUUCAUGCUCCAACGCAACUUCCGAAAAUGCUUUACCCCCAUCACCACCACAGAUGACCAUCUCUGGUCCAAACCAGACCUCCUCGCGUCACCCUACAACCCGGGAACCACAAUAACCGACGAAUUCCUCGUCCUGCAAAAAUCCGCCGAUACUAUUCUCGUCCGUGGCGGCGAUAAAGUCACCAACCAAGGCCUACGGCCACUGGACGCAUUUAUCGAAUUGACUGCCAGUGUGAAGCCAGACAAGGAAGUGGUCGAGUUCGGAUUCAAGUCGGUGUUUUUCCAGGGGCUUGGCGCGGCGAAGGGACUGCCUAUGCCGGGGUUUAUUGUUUGGUUGCAUGAAGUGUAUGCGAAGGCGCUGUUGGGGUCUGGGGUGCGGUAUGUUUUGAGGUGA